UAAAGAACUUUUGCAUUCAAUAAUCUCAUAUCAAAUUUUAAUUAAGUAUUAUCUUUUUAGUGUCGGAAAGACCUCUCUAAUGAAUCAAUAUGUGAACAAGAAAUUUAGUAAUCAAUAUAAAGCAACUAUUGGAGCAGAUUUUCUUACAAAGGAAGUGAUGGUAGAUGAUCGGUUAGUUACAAUGCAGAUCUGGGAUACUGCAGGACAGGAACGAUUUCAAUCUUUAGGAGUAGCAUUUUAUAGAGGAGCUGAUUGCUGUGUAUUAGUAUUUGAUGUCACUGCACCAAGUACCUUCAAGUCAUUAGAUUCCUGGAGAGAUGAAUUCUUGAUUCAGGCUUCACCUAGAGAUCCUGAGAAUUUUCCAUUUGUAGUUGUUGGAAAUAAAAUUGAUUUGGAAAACAGAGCUGUAUUAACCAAGCGAGCUCAAAGUUGGUGUCAGAGCAAGAACAACAUUCCAUAUUAUGAGACAAGUGCCAAAGAGGCUAUUAAUGUUCAGCAAGCUUUUCAGACAGUAGCAAAAAAUGCUAUUGCCCAAGAGAGUGAAAUGGAUUUGUAUAAUGAAUUCCCAGAUCAGAUUAAAUUAACAAAUGAACAGAGACCCAAGACUGAUACUUGUGCUUGCUGAUCACAGAUUCUUGGUAAAUGAAGUGCAACAUAUCUUUCUUCGAAAAGUUAACAGAACUCUUGUGCCUCAUAUGGCACUUGCAGUAUAUUGAAUCUGCCAUAAAUGCAGAUAUUGAACUUGCUCCUUGUUGUGAAAUUUAAAAGUUUUAUUAUAUUUGCAGUUACAUUCCUAAUAUUAAACCAAUGUAUUCAUCACAAUACCAUAUUUCAAUAAUUGCUGAUACCAGUUCUUAUUUACAUCAAGUGCUGUGUAACUAAUGUACAGAUAGUCCUUUGUAUUGUUAAGCAGGUAAUGUAAUUGUGAUUUGUGCAUUAAAAUUCUUGAUUAUAAGAUAAAA